UCCGGGCCCUUUGAGGAUGGGCCCACCCCGACACCACCUCUGACCCUCCGUCCGUCCCCCUCGGCCACCAUGAACAUAGACGUGGAGUUCCACAUCCGCCACAACUACCCCUGGACCAAGCUGCCGGCCAACGUCAGACAGGGCCUCGGAAACUCACAGAGGGAGUAUGAAAAGCAAGUUGUGCUCUACAGCAUCCGCAAUCAAUUACGCUACAGGAAUAACUUAGUUAAGCACGUGAAGAAAGACGAACGCAAGUACUAUGAGGAACUGCUGAAAUACAGUCGAGAUCAUCUCAUGUUGUAUCCCUACCAUUUAUCUGAUAUCAUGGUCAAAGGCUUGAGGAUUACACCAUUUUCAUAUUACACGGGAAUCAUGGAGGAUAUAAUGAACAGUGAGAAAAGCUAUGAUUCAUUGCCCAAUUUUACUGCUGCAGACUGUUUAAGGCUUCUUGGGAUAGGAAGAAACCAGUACAUCGAUCUUAUGAAUCAAUGUAGGUCCUCCAAAAAAUUUUUCAGAAGGAAAACUGCUCGGGAUCUCCUACCAGUGAAGCCAGUAGAGAUUGCUGUGGAGGCGUGGUGGGUGGUACAGGCCGGUUUCAUCACAGAAGAUGACAUAAAGAUAUGCACUUCAGUUGAGAAAUGUGCUGUUGAUAAGAUCAUCGAUUCAGGUCCUCAACUCUCUGGGUCACUAGACUACAAUGUAGUUCAUAGUUUAUACAACAAAGGAUUUAUCUACCUUGACGUACCAAUAUCUGAUGACAGUUGCAUAGCAGUUCCUCCACUUGAAGGUUUUGUAAUGAACAGAGUGCAGGGUGAUUAUUUUGAAACUCUUCUUUACAAGAUAUUUGUUUCAAUAGAUGAGCACACUAACGUCGCAGAGCUUGCAAAUGUACUGGAGAUAGAUUUAUCACUGGUGAAGAAUGCAGUUUCCAUGUAUUGUCGAUUAGGUUUUGCCCAUAAGAAAGGACAAGUAAUAAAUCUGGAUCAACUUCAUUCUUCCUGGAGGAAUGUUCCAUCUGUGAACAGAUUGAAGAGCACUUUAGAUCCCCAAAAGAUGCUUCUUUCAUGGGAUGGUGGGGAAAUUAGGAGUCCCGUCCAGGAUGCUUCUUCGGCUACUGACACGGACACGAAUAGUCAAGAGGAUCCAGCUGACACAGCCAGUGUAAGCAGCUUGAGUCUUUCUACUGGAUACACAAAGCGCAUCGCCUUUCUUUUUGAUUCAACCCUCACUGCUUUUUUAAUGAUGGGGAAUCUCUCACCGAAUUUGAAAAGUCACGCAGUGACCAUGUUUGAAGUCGGCAAACUGUCUGAUGAAUCUCUGGACAGCUUCCUUGUGGAACUGGAAAAGGUUCAGAGCACCGGUGAAGGAGAAGCACAAAGAUAUUUUGACCAUGCACUUACUCUAAGAAACACUAUAUUGUUUUUAAGACACAAUAAAGACCUUGUCGCUCAAACCGCACAGUUAGAGCAGCCAAGUUAUGGUUUUCCUCUGGAUCUCUUACGUUGUGAAAGCCUGCUCGGUUUGGAUCCUGCUACCUGCAGCAGAGUUCUAAACAAAAACUAUUCCCUGCUUGUUUCCAUGGCACCCCUCACCAAUGAGAUCCGGCCCAUCAGCAGCUGUACUCCCCAGCAUAUCGGACCAGCCAUUCCAGAAGUCAGUUCUGUGUGGUUUAAAUUGUACAUUUACCACGUUACUGGUCAAGGCCCACCCUCUCUCUUACUGUCCAAAGGAACGAGGCUGAGGAAGCUCCCAGAAAUAUUUCAGGGAUUUGAUCGCUUACUAAUAACCUCUUGGGGUCAUGAUCCUGGAGUUGUUCCGACUUCGAAUGUGCUCACAAUGUUGAAUGAUGCCCUAACCCAUUCUGCAGUUUUAAUUCAGGGCCAUGGGAUGUAUGGGAUGGGUGAAACUCUGCAUAUACCAUUCCCGUUUGAUGAGAUGGAACUACAAGGAGACUUUGCUCGCCUGAAUAUGGGAGUUCAUAAAGCACUACAAAUGUUGAGAGACAGAGUGGAUUUGCAGCAUUUUUGUGGCUAUGUCACUAUGUUAAAUUCUUCAAGUCGUCACGCAAGCAGAAAGCUCAGUGAUGCUUCUGAUGAAAAAGGGGAGCCUGAUUUGGCUUCGGGAUCAGAUGUACAUGGGAGCACAGAAUCAUUUGAAAUGGUCAUUGAGGAGACAACUAUUGAUUCAGCAGCAAAGCAGAACUUUGAAGGUUUUACAUCAGAAUCAGAAUGGGUUCCUUUGGAGCUGUGCUUUGGCAUCCCACUGUUUAGUUCAGAUUUAAAUCAGAAAGUCUGUAAGAAGAUUGCUACGCAUGGACUCUGUAGGAAAGAAAGCCUUCAGAAACUCUUACAUUCCAGUAGAAAACUGUCUCUACAGGUCCUGAAUUUUGUUCAUUCAUUCCAGGAAAGCUCUUCCUCAUUCGAUUUGCACCCGGAGGCCAAUUUCUCCAGUUUGCUCUCCCAGUCUACUUGUACCGAGAUGGGCGCUCCACUUCCUGCAAAGAACCUCAUCUUCAAACAUGGCAUUUUAUCCGAGUGGAACGGACGGUCGCCUUCCGCCGUGCUGAUUGCAAGUGCCCACUUGCAGUAAUUUGGUUCUCUGUUGCUCACACUUACUGCCUUUCUUUCCUUUAUUACAGUUCAUUUGUAGUGCCAACCACUAAGAAGUGUACUUCUGCUGCAGCAUAAUGCCCACUAAAGUGGUGUUUCAGGUCUGAGGAAACAUACUGUCUGGAGUCUUACUCAUUACUGGAUAGCCUGCUGCAACAGAGAGCUUUUUAGAAGUCAGCACUGUAUUUUUACCUUGAGACAAUCUGCAUUUCUUUUAUAAAUCUUCAGACACCCUUUCUAGGCUUUAUGAUGAUUGUGGAAUUUAUAAGCUCUCACUACAAGUGAUUACAAUAGUAGUUUUCUAUGGUAGUUAUUCGAACAUAAAAUUGGUUUAAUUUUGUAUUGUAUUUACUGUACUUUUCAGGAAAAUGAAGAGAGAUGUGACUCCUUGUGAAUAGACUCUGUGGGACUUAGGUAGGGAAAUUAAAAUCCAAGGUUGAGUGGAGGUGCAGUGGGCUUUAAGACUUGCUGCAGAUGUAUGUAAAUGAUGUAUAUUAGGUGGGCAAUACUGAUGGUAUAUAUAUCAGAAUAGUUAUAUAUUAUUUAACCUUGAUUUACAAGGACUUUGCCUGUGAGCAUUGAUUUACCGAUCUCUCAUGAGAAACUCUGAAACACAUUCUGAAUGUAAACAAUCUGUAAGCUACGUUUUUUGUUUUUAAUUUCCAUUAAGACAUUUCUGUAAAAAGCAGAUUUCCCGCACCCAGACUUAAGUUUGGGGGCUAUUGCUUCCCCAUGCUUUCCCCCUGAACAUAGUAUCCUUUGUUUAGCCUCCCAAGUGAGUGGUGUGGAAAUGAAUUCUCAAACCAAGGAUUGGGAUUUCAGAUUCGAAUUAAGCAUGCGGAACAGCAAAAUCUUACCUCAUCAGGACCCUAUUUCCAUGCAGAGGCAACUAGGGAAAGGGGCCAUUGAGGAGUGAAAUUAUUUCCAAAAGAUUUCAAAGUUUUUCUUGAGGCUUCAGUUCUUUUAGUACUACAGAAAUGUUUAAUGAGGUUAAUUGGGACGAUUGAACUGAUCGCUUCUAGAUUUAUCAAGUUACCAUCCUUCGGGAGAGUUUAUGCAGUAUUUUAGCUUAGUUUGACUCAUUCUAUAGAACAGACAUUAACCAGCCUAACUGAACCAAACUAAGACGCUGGUGAAACAGCGUAUGUGGACUCUAUAAAGGAAUUUAGAAAAAUAUGGGAUGGAAUACCCUAAGGAUUUCUGCUGACCCUCUUUUGUUCUUUAUAGAACUGUUAUUUAUGAGUAUAUUCUGGGAAUCUGUGCAUUUCCGAAAACUGUAAACAUAACCGUGCUUUCCCGGCCGUGAUUUCCCCAGACUGGAACACUUUGGACCAGGAACCUUAGGCCCAGGUAAUGCUGGGAAGCGUUUAUGGUAAAUGUGGUAAUGUUCCGUUUUCUGCUGCGUUCUGCACAAAGUGGGAACCAAGUGUUUGUUAUAAUGUCUGUCUAAAAGGAAAUAGUAAUGCAUCCUGGUAGUAAAAAGAAUUAAAUUAGAACUGUGAAUCCCAUGUUUAUUUUUCUCAUAACCGUUGGUGUACAUUCCUAUUGUUCUCAAUGUGUAAAGCCUUUACAGUUUCCCAACUAAAAGUCACAAGGACUUCCUGUGAUCAGCGCUGCAUUUUGAUAUUUUUCUCACCGGUUCAAGUUUAACUACAGUGGUUGAAUUUAUCUGUACAUAGUACAGAUGUGGACCUACCGCUUUGAUAUGUGCAUUAAUAAGGAGUGGAAAGGAUGGAAUUGAACCUCAUCUGUCCUGAUUUUGAAAUAUUAGGAUAAAAUGUGGCUGGGUAUAGUCAUGUUUACUUCAAAUAGAAAUGGCAGAAGGUAGGAGGUCUGCCAGAUAAGGGUGGUAAGCAGAAUUCAGAACACUUCUGUCCUCAAAUCAUGCUUUAGGAAUUUAGCUUUUAUUCCAGGACUAUUGUGUCUCUUCUUACAAGUGUAACAAAUAUGUAAUGUAGAAGUACCUCUCUUCUGAACAGCGAAACGUCGAAACGAUGCAAAAAUAAAGGCUUUGUGACCUGAUUGACAGGGGACUUACCAAAGAGGGGCCAACCUAACUCUUCCUAAUCUACUUGGCCUUGUUCUGUCUCUUCUCAUUGUCUCAAGUCCAGUUUAAGCGGGGCAAGACUCCUUUGCCAUCAGAGGAAAGGAAUUGAAUAAAAGUACCUGUUGUGAAAAAUUGAGUGUAAUCUCCCCCAUAAUAAGAGUCUCGAUUGUGAAAUUCAAAUUUUGAUACGUGAUACACUCGAUCAUACACUUUCCUUAAUUUCUUUGUUUAUAUAUUUUUCAGAUCACUUGUUCUUUGUUUUUCAUGGGGACUAGUACAGCCAACGAUCUCUGUAAUUUUUAGCUGAAAUUAUUGGUGACAUAUAGGGCCAGUUUAAGAAGUUUUCAUAUUGGUUCCUGUUACCUAAUGGUUUCUCUUCUCUUUGCCAUUGUUCUUUUUUUUUUUUUCCCUGUUUAGUGUUUCAAACAUGGUUUGUAUUUAAAGGUUUUAAAGUACCGAAACUCUAACAGAACAGCUGAUUGUCUUCUGGUAUGAUAUUGUUAAUAGUAAGCAAUGAAAUGUAUAAAAUCUUGUGAUCACUUUGAUUAUUGGCACAUGUAACAUAAAUGUUUACAAAUAAACUGAGUCCCGAUCAAGACGUUGUGCAAAA